AGUACAUUGUGCCAUCAUUGAAGUGUACGACGGCGACGUGUUAGUAUUAUAUAUUUUUGUGGUUUCUGCUUUUAUCGAAAUUAUCGAAAUUUUCAUUUCUAACUGGCUCCGAACGGAUCAAACGGAAUACUUAUUUGUUGAAUCGAUAUCUGUACAGUGAUUUUGAAGUGAAAUUUAACAAAUAUAUGAAAUGGAAGAUUGGGAAAAGGGAGAAGGAAAUCCUGCUAAGGUAAUACCAAACAAUGCCAACAAAUGGGCAGGAGAGGACGAGGACGAUGUGCAGGAUAGCUGGGACGCUGAAGAUGAAGAGAAAAAAGAUGAGGAAAAGGUGGAAAUAAAAAUGGUGAAAACCAAACCGAAGAAAUCUCUGAUCGAAAAAAUUGCAGAAAAAGAGCGCCUCAAACGAGAAGAAGAAGAAGCACGGCAAGCGCAACGAGAAGCCGAAUUAUCUCCCGAACAAAAAUUAGCCGAAAAAUUACGAGUGCAAAAAAUUCAAGAAGAGGCCGAUCUUCGAGCGGCUAUGGAUACAUUCGGUGUCGUUGAUAAAGAUCGUUGUGGCAUCGAUGGCAUGAAUCCAACAAAUAAGGCCGAACUUAGUGAAUUUUCCGAAGCGCUCAGCAAAAAGAUCGGACAAUACAAACAGCUAGCCGAUUUUCCACAAUUCGUCGAAGAUUUAGUGAGAGGAAUUUGUAGUAAUUUGACAUCCACAGAUAUGCAGAAAAUAAAAAAGACUGUGGACACCCUGUACACAGAAAAGCAGAAAAUGGAAAAAGAAAAAAGUAAAAAAGCCAGCAAAGGCAAAGGAAAAGCCACCAUACGCAAGAUAGAAGACAAUGAAAAUAUUAAAGAUUAUGGAGAUGAUGCAUACGAUUACGAUGAUUUUAUGUAACACAGCACUCCAUCCGCAAUAGAACUUCUUUACAGAAAUUGUAAAUAUCAAAGGGAAUAUUAAGUCAAUCCAAUUCUUCUUCAAACAAAAUGAGAUCAAUAACAUUAUUUGCUGCACACACAAUACUUUAAUAAAUAAUAAUUAAAAUGAAAAAAAAAAAAAAAAAGAAAUUAG